AUGAGCUCUGCGGCAGCAUUGGCGCGGCUGACAGUCGUGUGUAGCAUCUGUAUUGCUGUCACCGCGUUGGCCGCCCGACGCUACGCGCGCGCAAAGGGUGGCCAGGCCAGCAGCAACACAAGCGCGGCUGCGCCAGCCAAGACCUGCGUGCCGCCGGUGACCUUGCCAGACAAGGGCGGCUCUGGAAGGUCUCCGGGAGGGCAUUGGAAGCACGCGGCCAAGGCCACAUCGGAGACGCUUACUCCCCGCUCGGCGUACGCACGCGUAGAGGGCGCGGAGUUGCGCGACCGGGUUGUGGUCGCCAUGGUGGGGCUGCCCGCACGAGGGAAGAGCUACCUAUCGAAGGCGGUAGUGCGGUACCUCAACCUCAUAGGCUGCCCAGCACGCAUCUUCAACUCCGAAGAGCACCGCAAAACGGAGGUCCGCCGAAGCAGCCGGGUCAGCGACCCGGGAACCGACGACGCCAUAGCAACCCGCGACCAAGUUGCGAUGGAGACGCUCGACGAACUUUUCUCCUGGCUACGCGACGCGACGGCCACGACGUGGCUUGCGACUGGCGCCUCGGGCUGUGCCUGUGCGAUCUUCGAUGCCACUAACACCACAGUUGCACGGCGGCAGCAGAUUGUCGCUCGGUGCGCUGACGAGAGACCGCCCGUCCGCCUCAUCUUUCUCGAGUCUAUCUGCGACGACGACGAGUUGCUCAAGCACAACUAUCGGCUGAAGCUCGCCAAGACGAAGACCAACAAAAAAGAGGCGCUCGAGGACUUCGUUGGACGCGUGAAAAAGUACGAGGAGGCGUACGAGCGGAUCGAGCCCGCAGAAGGCGUGAGCUACCUGCAGAUCCACAACGCGGGGCAGAGGCUCGUCGCGUCGGGCCUCGCUGGCUACGUCUCGACGCGGAUUGUGGCGCUGCUGCACGCCAUCCACCUCGAGCCGCGAGCAAUCUGGCUUGUGCUUUGCGGACAGACCCUCAACGACACGAGCGACAUUGUCGGUGGUGACUCGCCGCUUUCUGCUGAUGGCCUUGAGUACGCCCGCGCAACUGUAGCGCUGCUCGCUCGGCGGAUCGCGAGCUGGUCGACUGCUGAGAAGCUUGCGGGGACCCAGCAUAGCAAUCCGGCCAUUAUUAGCGGCACUCUGCGCCGCUACUCGCCCAUGAUCGACAUGAUGCGAAAGCAGAUCCAGCCGACCUCGGUCACACGGCUCACGCGAUUGAACGAUCUCUGUGCCGGCGAGCUUGAGUCCGUGCCAGCAGAGUCGCUGCACACGGAGCACGUGGCGGAGCGAGAGGCGCGCGAGAGAGACAAGCUGAGCUACCGCUUCCCCGGCGUCGGAGGCGAGUCGUACCAGGAUGUGAUUCAGCGGCUGCUGGACACCGUCCUUGCCAUCGAGCAGUCAAGGAAUAACGUCGUCGUCGUGUGCGACCGCGCUAUCUCGCGUGUGCUGUGGUCCUACCUGUGCGGCCUUGAGCCCGCAAACAUCCCCAACCUGGAGGUGGUGCCAGGUCUCAUGGAGCUGCGGCGCGCGCACGCGGGCUGGACAUGCACCCCUCUCGAGGUUCCUGAGGGCGCCGCGCGGACCGUCGGCCUAGCGGGAGACUCAUGUUUGGGAUCUCUGCGAGCCUAG